GCCCCUUAAGUCUUCCGGCGGCCAUUUGCUUCCCCAAGGCAUCCCUGGGGUUCUUCCCCCUUAAAAGUUCCAUCGAAUCCUCCUCCCAAGAACGGAAGGUACCACUUUUUGUUCAUUUCCUCCUCCUCCUCCUCCCACAUCCGAAGCUUCCCGUCUCUGCAUUCCUAGUCUAAUCCUCACUCCAACAACAAAAAAAAAUCUCUGUUUUCCCUUUGUUUUAAGGCAAAAGUGAAGUCUUUUUCGAGGUAUCGCAGCUAGAUCAAGGUCAGAAAGAAGGAUAUGGGGAAGAACCACGGUGCUAAGGUCUUUCUUGGUUUAUCCUGCUCGUUUCUUAUCCUCCUCCUCUUGUACGCGUGGCAUCAUUGUUUUCGGAGGAGAUUCCUGUCGAGAAGAGCGAAAGAAGGUUCUUUGGAGGACGGCGGCGCAGUUCGGUACGCGGUAGAGGAGGAAUUGGUGACGGAAGAGCUGAUCAAGUUCGCCGGUUGGGAGACUUUGACGGCUCACGACAUCUUGGACGCGCCGGGGGAGGUGGUCGCCAAGUCGAGCUAUGGGACUCUUUAUCGGGCGUGCAUUCGGCGGAGCAAGUCGGUGGCUCUGCUCCGCUUUGUCCGGCCGGAUUGUAUUGGGCGGAUUGAGGAGGUGCUGCCAGCGGUCCGGAUGCUGGGGUCGGUCCGGCACCCGAAUCUGGUGCCGACGGGGGCCAUGUACGUGGGGCCGAGAGGGGAGAAGCUCUUCGUGCAUCCGUUCUAUGCUUCUGGAACUCUUGCUCAGUUCUUAAGAGCCGGUGUUGCUGAAGCACACAGAUGGGAUAUUAUCUACAAAUUAGCUUGUGGUGUCGCAAGGGGGCUUGACCACCUGCACAAUGGGUACGAGAAGGCCAUAAUCCAUGGCAACCUCAAAUCGAAUAACAUUUUACUUGAUGCUGAUUUCCAGCCUCGGCUCUCAGAUUUCGGCUUGCACAUCAUCUUGAAUCCCGCAGCUGCCCUAGAGAUGCUUGAAGCCCCGGCAUCCCAGGGUUACAGAGCACCUGAGCUGAUCAAGAUGAAAGAUGCCAGCAGAGAGACCGAUAUCUACGGUUUGGGGGUGGUAUUUCUUGAAAUGCUCACUCAAAAGGACCCCCUCACCAACAAUUUCUUGCAGUCCAAAGACCUUCAUCUCCCCACCUCCCUGAGAAUUUUAGUUCUUGAGCAUAAAGUCUCGGAUGUUUUUAGCUCCAAUCUCCUAGAGGAUAGUAUAAAUCAGAAUUCCACUAAUGAAGAAGGUUUACUGAUGCUGUUUCAACUUGCAAUGACUUGUUGCUCUCCUUCACCUGCUCUCCGACCAGAUAUCAGAGCAGUUAUCAGGCGGCUUGAAGACAUCGGUAGAUGAUGAUCUUUCAUCUGGUAGUGAUAACUGCAGUGCUGUGACAGUUCCAUGUGUUUGUUUAGCAAAUUUGCAUCACUUGUGAGCUUUGGAUCGGAUAUCUCAGCAAGGGUCAGAAUGGUGGAUUCGCUGCAUGGACCAUAUGGUUGUCGAGAUGUGCAUUAGCUUUAUUACCAGGAAACAUCAUGCAUGGCUCAUGGUGAUUCCACUUGAUGACUUUCAUACUACCACUUGCACAUCUGACAUCUAAAGUUUUCCCUAACGGGACCGGGAGAAAAACAUCGAACUACAAAACACUUCUGAACCUUGUUUUUGUUGCCUUCUCUCUUCUUUGGACAAAACAAUCUGGAGAUGCAUCAUGAUUCACCAUUCACCGAUGGUUUAGAUAGAUUGCAAGGAUAUGAAAUCAACAAAAUCCAAUGAUAUCAAUUUUUGUCUCUGAUCAGAGGCUUCCGGUGUGGUACAUCUGGUCUUUAGUGUCUACUUUACAGCUGAUGCAUUGAAGAAGAGAUCAUGUGAUCGGGAUUUGUUGCUUUUGGCCUUCUAAAAGUCUUAAUUUGCAUUUGGCUAGAUGUGCAGGGACUUGACCUUCACUGCCACUUAGUAAAGAGGAUUGGUUUCGGGUGGACGCAGCCAGUUGGAAAGUACAGCAUUACAAAAGCACAUUGCAAGAACUUCUUUCUGUUGAUGCAGGCUGUCUCUGGAUUUCAUCUUUUCAAUUCCAAGCCAUAGGAAUUGUGGAUACAACUCACCACACCUGAGAGAGCAUACUGCCAGAAAUUAUUCUUGACAGUAGACACAUGAUCCAUGGUGUGCCAGAUUUGCAGAUUUAUAUAAACUUACUAUAGUCUCACUCUUGAUGUAUAUAAACUCACUAUUAACAAUUGAGAUGUUCACAGUUGCAGAUUUGUCUCACCCUUUCCAAAAGAUGUCCUCAUUGAUGCUUGCUUUUCUUUAGCUUCAUAUAGAGUGUAAGAAUGGUCCAGCAGUUGAGCUUCACUUGUAUUGUAUAAUCUAGUGGGGUAGUACAGACUGCCCACUUUGGAGUGGAAUAAAUGUAGUCUUUGGAUGUUGAA